AUGGACUGUGUUGUUGACAUUGAUGUGCGACCGGGAUGUCCAGAGAUGACAUUAAAGCUGAGGAACAUACAGAUAAAGCAUAGCUCAUCGAAAAGAGACAAUUCUGUGUUACGCUUGAAGAACAUAAGAGAGUCAUUGGAGAAGAACCCCCUGCGGUUCUCGCUCGAGGGGGGAAAGGUCACAGCGCUCUGUCCACAGGAGGCUGAGCAGGUGUGGACCCUCAACAUCAAGAGAUCCAUUCUGAGCUUGCUACAGACCUCCGACUCGGGACGAGCCAUGGAGACAGUUAGAGAGACUGAUGUGUAUGGCACAUGCAUGAGUUUCUAUGAACAGAGGGGACCAUCACUGAUGAAGAGAAGAAACCUCCAGCAGUGCUUCAGUGACAGAAUAAAUCAGUUUUGGAGACACUCUGUCCCACUGAAGGAGGGCGUGACAGUGAGUGCUACCCUCACAUGCAUCCAGACUCAUGAUGGAGCAAUGAUGAAUAAGGUCAACUGUACAGAAACCAUGUCAGUGGUGCCCUUACCAGAUCAGUUAGAAGUAACAGAAACAAAGACCAUUUCAAGCCUAACUCACCUCAGAACCCUUGAAAUACCAAUGGGUUUGGCGCAGAACACAGGCUACUGGACCAGUCUUGUGUUUGAGGCUGAAGCCCAAACCUCAGGCAGACAAGGUGGAGCCUCAGUUCAACAGGUUACCAGCACAGUCAGGAGGUUGUGUGCUCACCUUGCAGAUCAACAACAGCAAUCAGAGCUUCUCCUGAGUCUUGUCCUCCAGUUGAAAACCUUAUCAUCCAGUCUGUUGACAGACUUGUGGCAUGAGGCCUCUUUCAAGUGUCGAGAUGACUGGCAGCCCCUUUUAGAGACUCUGUCAGCCUGUGGAACUGAAGAAUGCAUCCUCUUCACCACAGAUCUCAUACUUAACAAAGAGAUUGACCAGGAACAAAUCCUGCCCCUUCUCAAUACCAUCAGCUUUGCUUCCCACCCCACUUCAUACAUGAUUAGCCACAUCAGUGCUCUGCUGCAUAUGCCUCUUAUCCUUCCAAAAGCAUUAUUGGUUGUGUCUUCACUGGUCCACGGACUCUGUCAACAGGAGCAGACCCCCUGCAACGAGAUCUCAGAAGUCCAACAGUUUGUCCAUGUUCUGAAGCAAAGUCUGGAGGCAGGAUGUAAAGUGCAUGACCAAUCACAGAUCUCAAAGUUGCUGCAUGUGUUGAAAGCAGUGGAGAAUGCAGGCGUUGCUGUUUCAGAACUAAUGCCAACACUGAGCCGCUGUGUGCAAGAUCAUUCUGUGCCACUGGAGCUUCGACUGGCUGCUAUACGAGCAUUCAGGAGAAUGCCAUGCCAAAAUGAUAGGAGGGUCCUUGCUUGGGCAUUUCAAAGACAGCAAGAGAGUGUGGAGGUCAGAAUCGCAGCAUAUCAGCAGCUAAUGCACUGUCCAAACCAGGAGAUCUUCAAAAUUGUGAAGACAAUGUUGAGCAAUGAGAAGUCCAGUCAAGUUGGGUCCUUUAUUUGGAGUCACCUGAUUAAUAUCCAGAAGACAGAAGACCCUUUAAAGAAAGACCUGAUGGAGUCACUUCCUGAUGAUAUCAUAAGUAAAGACUUUGAAGCUGAACCAUGGAAAUAUUCCACACACAUCGACUACACAGUGGACACAGGAGUGGCUGCUGCUAACAUCGAAGGAGCGGUGGUUUUCUCCCCAGAGUCCUUUCUUCCACGUUUUGCCAUGGCGAAUCUGACAGUUUUCAUUCUUGGCAGGGCAUUCAAUCUUCUGGAGAUUAGUCUUAGAAUGGAAAACCUUGAGCCUAUGCUGAAGAACAUGUUUGAGGAGAAUCCUCUGACACCUGCUGGUAACUCCAGACCUAAGGAUCAAACAGAAUCAAUGAUGCAUGAGCAGAAGGGAAAGAACAGAGAUGACGAACGGGUAGACAUCACUGGACAGGGAGGGAGUGAUGGCUGUCAAUCCACAGAUUUAAGUUCCGUUAAGACUAAGUUCACAUGGAAGAGGAAAAGAGACAGGAACGUCCGAUGCUGGAUUACUGUGAAGAUGCUGGGCAAUGACCUCACCUUUAUGACCUGUGAUGACCUCCUUGCAUUUCAGAGAAAUUUGUCACUCUGCACAGCUGGUGUAAUUGUGAAAUUGCUAAAGGGUCAAGAGAUUAAAAUUAGCCAGAGGCCAAUUGUUCUGGCAGAAGAACUUGUUUUACCAUCCCUCUCUGGUUUACCCAUGAAGCUGAGCAUCAACAUGUCCACUCUUCUCUCUUUCCGACUUAAGGGAACUCCUAACUUUAAGAAUUGGUCGCAUUUCUCACUGGCCGGUUAUGUCAAACCAAAUGUAUUAGUUACCAUCUCUGCAAAAGUGGGAGUGGAUGGAGCAUUUGGUUGUGUGGGAUCAGAGUGGGUUACUCAACUCAAAACCUCCACCAGCUUGGAUGGAGGUGUAUAUGUGCACCAUGGACAGAGCCUUAAGGUGGUCCUAAACACUCCAGAAGAUGCCAUGGAUAUAUUGAACUUCAGUUCCAGGAUGUUUCGGGUGAGUGGGGAUAGCAGAGAGGAACUCACAGCUACAAGAAAUCUCAAAGAGAAGAGUACUUGCAUUCCUAAGACAUUGUCUAAAAUGGUUGGAUUGCAGUUAUGCUCUGAUGUCACCUAUCCAUUGACACUGAUGGAAAAAGGCUUUCCACCACUGGGCCCACUUCUGUUCACAGUCAGACUCCAAAAGCUGGACAAAGGUCUUAAACAGUACCUCCUGGAGGCAGCCUAUACUUUUGAACAACAGCGGAAUUCUUGGAUCCCUCUGGAAGCCACUCUGCUUCUCUUUCUUGGCACACCACAAUCCACUAUAGCCAGAGAUGUGUCCCUGGACCUGAAUCUCAGCCCUAAAAGACUGAUUCUGAAAAUAACCCAUCCACGAAAAACUAUUCUCAUUCAAGGGCAGCUUGAGGAAUUAAACAAGCAAUAUACAGGGAGACUUGAACUUCUGAUAGACAACCUCUACCAUUAUUUUAUCAAGGGACUAAUGGAGACAGUGAAUUCUGCGACAGAGAUGAGAGUCCACUUUCACCUUGAUGCCAAAGUAGCAGCAAAUGGGCAUCCAAUUACCCUUACUGUCAAUACCACACAUGCUAGCAGCGGGAAGAUCGCAAUACAGGCCUUGCUUAGAAAUGUCUUCAAUAAGGAAGCUUCGCUCUCAGUGCAGCUGGAGAGAAGUCUGGAAGAUGGCCAGAGACACUAUUCUGUAGAUGCAGGGUUUCUUUUGCCUAGCACUGUCAGCAUCAGAAUUCUUGGUUUAGUGAAGCAAAAGGGCCCAGAGUGGAGCUCUGCUUUGAGGGUUAGAUAUGGUGUACAAGAGGAUUCACAGAGCAUGCAAGAGUGUCGCAUGACCCAGAACUUGCACAGUGAGUCUCACCCAGUCCAGACAUACUGUACGACAGCCGCACAUGAACUCCACUGUUCCCACUUCAUCAACUUAAACCACAAGAUUCAGCUUAGACAUGAAUGGAGUCCAAUCCACGUCCAGUCCUCACUUGAUAUAAGCUAUGGAAAGCAAUGGGACCAGAGCAGCAACAAACACAGGAUCCUCUUCAAUCAGUCGCUCAGAAACCAGUCUGGAUCCAGCCUCACCAGUUAUGCCAUUGAGCUCAAUCUGCGACUUCUAGACAGAGGACUGAACUACAGAACACAGCUUCUGCACUCUCAUUUCAAGGGACAAAAAUCUGAGAGCAGCACCCACCUUAAAAUCAACUACAACAAUGAAAUACCUCUGGUAGCUGGUGUACACUGGAAGGAUAUGUCAGUGAAGGCUUCACUUCAGAAGUGGGAAGGGUCAUUUAACAUGGAUACACCCUGGUUGUAUGUCUACGUAUCUCAAAAACUAACACAGCCUCAGCGUGGCAUCACACAGUUCACCUGUGAGAUCUCCACUCGGAAGCUGGUAGACAUCCAAAGUGUGACAAUGGAGGGAUUCUACAAAGAUAGGGGUAAAGAAAGGCAGGGCAAGCUUCAUGUUUUCACGCCCACUGUCAGUUACAUCAAGGUUGGUGGCUUGAGCAUACUGGGCAAGCGUGGGGUAAAAGCUUCAUACUCCAUCAGCACAGCUUGGACACCAGUCUUGCAUGGGGAAAUCUCUGUAGGCAAUGGCAAGCAAGUGAAGACUCUGGAAAUAAAUGCAGGCUAUGGCAAGCAGAACCUUAACAUUUCCACAGUUCUCAGUACUCUGGAGAAGAAGCUAAAGAAAAGAUGUUUGAUGAUGACAAUGACUGUGUCAGAUCUUAAAAACACUUCUGUGGAGUUCCAGAUGGAGGGUGGCAUAGAGGAGAUGAGGAAAGACAAGAGAAUUUAUCAAAAAAGAUGGAAGCUUCACUUCAGACAGCCAUUCAAGUUUCUUCCACAGAGUCUCAUCCUUCAGGAGACAUUCACAAUUGAUUUAUAUCAGAGAGAAUACAUUUUGGAGUCAAAGAUUCUUGUCCAUGGAAACAAAAAAGCCACGCACGUACUUACUCUGGGUUACCAACCCCAGCAUCCAUAUGUUUGCUCCUCAAUAGUCCAAUCUUUCAGCAGUGAGAUAAUGCCACAAGACUCCAAGAUCUGUGUCACUGUCCAAAACAACCAGACUGUGCAUGAAUUUCAAGUUAGAUUGUGGACUGGAAAGACGGAAAUACUUGUGGCCUUUGGUCAUGUACAACUUCAUGACCUAACUUCUCAGCAAGGUUGUACAGUGAAAGCCAACCUCUCCCAGCUGUUUCAGACAGAAAUCCCAAACUCUGUCAGCCUAGAAACUGAGGUGUUCAGGAGUCAUAAGAACAACAGUGAUUUUGAGUAUCAUUCUGAAGGGAAAGUAGCCAUUGGCAACAAUGAUUACCAGGCUCAUGCAACAAUAACUGUAUCCCCUUUUGGAAACAUUGGCAGUUCUAUAAGCUUGAAGGCAGAUGAAAGAAAUGCUACACUUGACUUUACUCUAGAAAACACUGAGCCAAUGGGCACUAAUGCUGUGCACAUCUAUGCUGGCUUUCAUCAGGCCUUAUUCCCAGCAGUCAUCUCAGAUGGACAUAUUCGUCUAGCUGCAAAUUCUUCUUCUGAAAGUGUUUUCUUACAGUGCACAGUACAAAAAGAAGAGGAAACAUUUAGUGUUCACUUGAGCGGAACUUUACAACAUGAUCAAAGGUUGCGAAUAUCACUUUCAGGGGAUAUUGUCAAUUCACUGACAGAUCUUAAUGCCCUGCCUAAUGCAGCUAGUUUGGUUGGAGUCCUAAACCAGUCAAAGGGUCUGACUGAAGGAGAGCUGACAGUAACAAUAGAUGAUGCUGUAUAUGGGCUGGAACUGAUUCACCAGCAUAAAGGAAACUCUAAAGAACAUCUGAUUGGCAAUGAACAUGCUUUACUAUGUGUGCUUGCCAUGGAAAAGUCACUGUGUGUCAACAUCAGCAGUAGUUCAUCUAAGCACGGAUGUCGAAGUCUUCAUACACUACUGUCUCACUCCUUCCCUUGGCUACAUUCUGCAGGGCUUCCAUUUAACAGCAGUGCAGGUGUGUAUGUAAACUGGAACAACACCAGUUUGUGUGCCCAGACAGAGCUGCAAGCAGGGACCCGUGGCCUAAGAGCCAUAAUGAAGCAAAGUUUACACCACACCAAAGAAACUACUGUACAAAUUCAGGUGAACUGCAUAGAGGGAAUCAACACGGACCACUUGCUGGGUGUAUGCUGUGGACAGAACCAGGAACACUCACUGAAGAUAUGUAUGGAAGUUGGAAUCGGGCCGAGUUUUUCAAACGAUCAGAGUUCAGUUUUCUCAUUUGAUCUUCAAGGUCACCACAAUACCUCCAGUAUUGGUCUAAUGGUGAACGUUUUCCACAACAUAUCUACUUUACAAACUUACCUGCCAUUUGAAUUUCACUCAAAAUCACAGUUGAGCCACUCGCACUCCACAGUUAAGGGUACAGCAGAACUUCUGAUUGGCAUGACUGGUUUGGCUUUUGAAGGAGAGAUCUCGAGCACCAACUCUGGCUUUAAGCAAGCACUGGCAUUCAAUCACUCGAUGCCUCAGCUGCAGUCACUGCCCAGCACUAUGACAGUGAGGACACUGUAUGGUAGAAAGAAAGGGUCACACACUUUAACACACCAAACACAGUGGGAGAAUCAGGAGUUAAAACAAGCCACCCCCUCGGCUGAUGCUUCACAGUUACAGCACAGUUAUCUACAAAUGAUAGGAGAAGCUCAGGGUUGGGGGUUGAAUUUUAGAGUAGAAAAUGAAACUCUGAGAAAACUCUGUGAUCUGAGUAUUUACUGGAAUUUGUUUGGAAACCAUGAGCAGGUCAGAGCUCAAGGCGCUUGGACUUUAAUGAGCAGACACACCGAGGCUUCAUUUCAGCAGAAACAACCCUUUACCUCAACACUGUCUCACUUUCACAUACAUACUCUAUCACAUAGACCAGCCCAUGGACACAGCAGCAACAACCAGGCCCAUGCUUCUUGGAACCACAGGAAACCUAUAAACAUUUCUCUAACAAUGAGCAAACACUGGUAUGAUGACUCCAGCAGAGGGCAGGCCUGUGUCUUUCUCUCACCAGGCCAGAUACAGUCAUUGCUCCCCCUAGUGGAGAUGGAGGGCUGUGUUGCUGCAGCUCGGGAGGGGAAGGCCUACUCCCAAAACACAGAGCUCAAAUGGAAGGACAAGAGAAUCGUACAAAGCAUGAAAUACCAGGGUGGGGUGAAAGGAAUGCACACACUCCUUGUGGAGCUGGGAGCCCAGAAUAUCUCUCCAUCCCCCUGUCCUUCUCACACUCUUCUGACCCAAAUACACACCAACCUGAGGGACCGUAUGGAGCACCAUGUUCAGAUAGGCCUAUGUCCUUCACAGCCUGCUUUAAUUUGGUCUGGAUCUCACAGAGUGAACUCAGGCAAGGAGAUGUUGUACACUCAAACCCAUCUGUCUGUGUCUGGACAACCCCAGCACAACACAUUCACACUGUCCCUCAGAAAUAUCAGUAGCAGUCAGCGUUCGAACUACUCACUCUUCACUGAGUGGCAGGUAGGAAACUGGAGUGUGGAGCUGGCAUGCAGUUCCCAAGCUUCAGGAAGGAAUGUGGGGGUGCAGGUUCACGCAAGACUAGACCGCAGUGAGAUGCUCUGGCUGCAGGGGGCGCUUGGGAAACGCUGCCUGCAUGCUGCUAUUGGUUAUGAAAAUGAAACAUCUGAUGAAAUCAGAGUGGCUCUCUGUUUGGCGGGGCAUCAUUGGUUGGCCAUGGAGGUUCAGAGAGGAGGGCGUGGCAUUGAGAAUGAGACCCUUACCCAUAUUUCUGUAGGAGUAGCCAAUCAGAGUCUUCUAUUUCAAGCUCAAGGAUGCAGGGAAUGCCUGUUGGCCACAGAGGCACGCCUUCAGCAGCUGGGGUCUUGUGUAAGGAUUAAACUGCUGGACAGGGUUCAGAGACUUCAAAAUCUUCUGUUAGCAUUUAGAAGACAGGCAGGGGACAGCACGUUCCUGCAGGAGCUAAGUGAGGGGCCAUUGUCUCUGACCCAGCGAGCCGAGACCCUGCUGCUGCAGAGAGCAGGAGUUCCGUUGAACGCGUGGACCACCGGCACACUUCGAAACACACUCACACUCAGCCUACCUGAUACACUCCAGCACCUGCAUCUCAUGUCCCAACAGGUCCAACAAGAACUCAAGAAGCCUCUGGCCACUCUAGCUGAAGCGUACCAUGACGUGACAGGGGAAAGUUUGGACACAGUUUGGCAGCAAGGAAUGCAGCUGUGGACCACAGAAAUGACCGAGCUUUUGCCUGCAGUACUGCAUGAUCACCACCUGAUGGUCCCGUCACUGACAGCUUUGCAGAUUGCGAUCUUUGCGUUGGACAUGGUGAGCCAGCAGACCUUGCAGUGGAUGGAGGCCAGAUUGGCUGCCAUGCUGGUUGGAGCAAGAAGACAGCUUGCACUUAUGUACAAUUUGUCAAAAAGCGAGGUGAUGUUCAGAGUGCCUCUUCCUGUGGGCCCCUGGCAAAAGAUGAAGAAGGCAGGUGUGACUGAAGUGCUUCUGGAGGAGUUUGUCCUGAAACCUCUUCUGGCCUUAAACUCUGUGAACCCCACUGCAGAGCUCUAUCGACUGAAGAGGAAGAUAAUGGACAGUCCUGUUAACCAUCAGGCAUUUCUAGUGGCAGAUGACUAUUUAGUGUCAUUUGAUGGACACCUGUUAAAACUCCCAGCGUCCUGUGACUUCGUCCUUGCAGCUGAUGUCAUUGAGCACACCUUCAGCAUUGUUUUAAAAUCCUACAGGUUCCAGCAUCGCUCGCUCAUGGUGCAAAUGCAAAACACAGUGAUUGCAAUUCACCCUAAUGGAGAGGUGGAAGUUAAUUGCCAUGUAGCACAUGCACCAUACACUAGCAGUGAAGUGGCUAUCAGAAAGUAUAUGAACUUGAUUGAGGUGUCCAAUGAGAGAGGAGUUUGGGUAUCAUGUGACCUUCAUCUACAAGUUUGCAGUGUAAUCUUAGAUGGAUGGCUUCAUGGUGUAUCUGCUGGUCUUUUAGGAACCAAUGAUAAUGAGGCAGUUAAUGAGCUUCCUCUACCAGAUGGCUCCCACACACACAGCGUGCCUCACUUUACUCAUAGCUGGCAGGUGAAUUCUGAGUGUGUCAGCAGGAAAGCUGGAUUCUGUCAGAACAACACUGCCGACUCCCUGUCAUGCAAAUUUCUGUUCACCUCAACAAAUUCUCCUCUGAGCACCUGUUUCAGAGUGGUGGACCCUUUGCAGUUCAUGUCGGUAUGUGAAGAAUUGGAGUGUGAACGUGGCAAACGUUCAGUUUCUAGACCAGCCCCUUGCACACUGGCCUCUGCCUAUAUCCAUCUAUGCCAUAGAAACUAUGUUCCACUGGAGCUGCCUGUUCAUUGCGUGUAACAGUGGUGUUCGGUUUUCUGUCUUUAUGCUGAUUCCAGUGAUGAUAGGAAGUGUCACCUUCCCUGUUUUAUAUUAAUAAAACAUGUACAAAAUAUGUUAUUACUACUACUUUUAUUAUUACUAAUGUUAUAAAGUUAUAUAUAUAUUAUUACAAAGGAUGUAACAAAAAAUACAAUACUGAAUCUUUGGUUUCUCAAUGACUGCAUUUACAUGCACACAGAUAUUCAGAUAUUAAUCAGAAUUUGGCCAUAUUCCGAUUAUUUAAGCAUCACGUAAAUGUAUUCAUCUAUUUAAGCCAAUAUUCCAGUUUCAAAAAACCUGAAUAAGACAGCUGGCAUGUGCCUGUAUGAAUCUGAAUUUGGUUCAUGUAAACGCCUUGUUCAGAAUAUCCACAAUAACAUAUCUGUAUAUCUAAGUGAUAUGAGACACUUAUGUCAAGUGAUAUUAGACACCUUUUUUUUCUUUUUUUUUUAGUGAGGAGUACAUUUUUCACUAAUUUUACAAACAUUAGAAGAAACAUCAUUGCCUACAUUCAUACAGUCCCUGAUUGCCAUAACCAAAUGAUGUAUAUCUGUUUUCUAAAAAUCUGAAUAGCACCACUCUCAUAUGGCUGUAUAAAUCAGAAUUUUGGUUCAUGUAAACAGCUUGUUAAGAAUAUCUAACAUUUAUUUAUAUCAUUGCAUCCAAAGAAAGGUAAUUCUGGGUGAUAUAACCAGAAUAUGAACCAUAAUCAGAAAAAUAAGUGCAUGUAAGCAUAGUCAAUGUCUGUGGCUGUUACGGCCCUCAUUAUUAUUAUUAUUAUUAUCAUGUGCAAUUACUAGUUUUUACCUGACACUGCAUUCUUUAAAUCAAUUUGCAACCAUUUUUGUAGUGUAGUAUUUCAUGAGUAAAAAUGUCAUUUUCUUUCAGUAAGAGAAGAGAAAUGUAAGAAAAUAAUCACAACUAUCUGGCAUGUAUUAAUUUAGAUGUAACAAUUUCACAUUUAGUUAAUGUGUAACACUUUACAAUAAGGUUACAUUUGUUAACAAAAGUUACAAUGAACAAAACUUUUACUGUAUUUAUUAAUCUUGGCUAAUGUUAAUUUCAACAUUUACUAAUACAUUUUUUAAAUCAUAAGUUGUAUUAGUUAACAUUAGUUAAUGCACUAUGAACUAACAUUUAACUAACUAAUAAUAAACAAUUGUAUUUUUAUUAACUAACAUUAACAAAGAUUAUUAAAUGCUUUUAAAAAUAUAUUGUUCGUUUGUUCAUGAUACCUAAUUCAUUAUCUAAUGUUAACAAAAGAACCUUAUUGAAAGUGUUACCAGUUAAUGUAAUUUAAUCUUUUAUUGUUCAAUGUAUAUUUAUCAUAGAUUUAUAAAUAAAGCAUGAAUAAAACUGUUUAUUAAAAUAUUAAGAUACUAAAUCAAAGGAUGAAACUGUUUGGACACUACAGAAUUUCACUGUGUUAUGGAUGUGCAUUGCAAAUAGAUGAUCUAAAGCAUCUGCCUAUGAUGACAUAUAAUUAUUAAUAUUCUUCUCUGUGAACUUAGAUGUGUGCAUUAGCUCUCUUCAUUUACCUGAUUCACUGCCAAUAAAAGCUUCA